CUUUCCCGCUUUGGUAGGAGCAUUAUUUGUAGCCCUUCGGUGUAUUCAACAGCAGGAGCCGCCUGCGAUUCAGCCCAAAGCCGCCCGUUCCCGAGAAAACCAGAAUCUGCAAAAAGUGCCAUGUUGUUGAUGUUCGUGUGUAAGAUUUGCGGAUUCCCCGAGCUGCCUCUACCUGUGUAUUUAUUCCACCUGCCUCGCGAUGGAAAUUGCGGGCAAUGAGAUAAACACACGCGGGGAAGUUCUGUCAUUUCACUGCAAUUGAAAGAUGGCUGGAAAAUAACUAGUAAUAAUACAGCAAUAACUUGGUGUGAAUCGUGACAGAUCCCCCUUAGCCAGCGAGCACCAAGAGCUGCCUCCUGCCUCCCUCUGCGCCUUGGGCAGCCCGUCACUGCUGCACCGCUUCGCUAAACCCAUUCGCCAGAGCUCUCUCUGCCCUCUGUGCCAACCAUUUCCCUGCUUUGCGUGAAGCCCCCGCUAUUCUGGGCCUUCUGCGUCGUGGUUUGCGGCUCCCGUGUUCAGGUGAGGUCUGAAGGGUCUAAUCCAAGUCUCAUUGGAGUCAUUGGACUUGCUUCGGCUUCACUGGGGUUUGGAUCAGGCUGCUAAAUCACGGCGCACAAAGUUCUGCUUCUUUAUUCUAACAUUUUUGCUUUAUGUGUGGGGGCGGAUCUGUUGUCAUUCUUACGUCCUGCAAAAGAAACACCUUUGCCCUUUUCACCCCAGAGAAAUAACCUGAGAAAACAAAAGGAACGUUAAACCAGUGCUCUGGUUCUCUUGAGCUGAUGCCAGAGUCCAGGCCGGGGCUCCCAAAUGAGCUCAGUCCUUAGUUCGGCUUCUGAAAAGUGGAGGUUCCUGGUUGUAGUUGUGGAAACACAAGCCCGCAGAACCAGGCGGGUUGUUCCAGGUCUGGGCGUCUCUGCGCAUCCCACAUUUGUCUCGGGAUAAUGGCAGGAAAAGGACAGAGGAAAUAAAGUGGAGAUAGAAAUGAGAUUUCAUCUGAGCGAAGCAGCAGGUGACUGUGAUUUGUCAAGGCUGACAGCAAAAUAUGAGCUUGAUAACAGCGAGUAGCUGAGGAUCUGAGAUCAUGCUAAUUGCACUAUUAGUUGUGAGUUAAUUGCUUUUAGUCUUAAGGUUACAGGGCUUUUCAUUAAGUGCUCUGUCCCUCAUUUGAAAUUUCAUUGUGCAAAUCUGUGCAUUUGUGGGAUAAUGGUUUGUUUUGUUGCCAUCAGCAGAUGUUCCAUGCCAGGAACCCUUGGUUUGCGUUAAAUCAAAGCAGAGGUAUCUCCGUCAAGAGGGAAUUUUUCACAUCACGCUGUUUAAACAGAGUCAAUGUGAAAUGGAGCUACACUUGAAAACUUAAUUUAGCUUCAAAAACUCUCCGAGAGGUUAUUUAAGUGCACUUGAAAUACCAAAUUCAGAAGCCUACGCUAAUGUUAAUACUCCGGCGACACAUGAUGUUUCCAAUGAAAUCACGUCAAUGUAUUAAUGUUGCUGAAAAAGCUCACGAGUGCACUCCAGAGUCACUGGGUCAAGGGUUCCUCCUUUGCCAAAUAUGAGCCUGCAGAUGGUGCAAAGGAAUUUGAGGGAAAUGAUGACAAUUUUGGUACAGGAGUGCCCAAAGCCGGGCACAGGGCAAGGGGUUGGAUGCUGUAACCUGCCCAAGGCCCCGUGGCUCCUAGAUACCCAUAGCAGUCAGAGGAGCAGGGGGAAAAUGGACCUUUUCCUCACUAUAAAGCAAAACAAACCCACAAACAAACAAAACCUAAAACACGCCAAAAAUUGACUUCUUCCUGUGGGUAAAUGGCUCUUAGGCAGGUGCUGGUGGAGUUAGAAAAGCGGAUGAUGCCGGAGCUUGUGCCGUAUGGGGGCUCAGGGCUUGACCAUGCGAGGGCCCGGAGCUGACAGGCACUUGUUCUAGAAAAUACAGUUUUCAAGGAAAUAUACAGGUUUUGGUGAAACUUUAAUGGCAAAACAUCGGUGGGGUUGAGCAGGGAAGCGUUUCUGCCCAUAGCUGCGCUCGGGAUGGCCCAGGGUCCAUCCUAACUCUGAGCUGGGCUUAGCAGGGAUUUAGGAGCCUGCUCCUCUUCAUCUCAGAUAGAAACACCUUAAAUAUGAACCACAAAUGUGUGUCUUCAUUGGUUUCUUUUACAUAGAAGUGCCCAUAAGGAAACCUCUCCAAACCUGGACCUUCAGAAACAAAGAAAAGGGUUUAUUCUCUUCUCAGCCAGCCACAUGUAUCUAUUUUCCAUCCUUAAAAACCGUCCUUGAAUCGAACAAGGACGAGGGUUUUGCUAAAGAUUGUUUUUUAAUCAAAACAAACAGUCAAUAAAAAUAAAGUAGAAAUGAGAUGGAAAUGUUCCCCCGUGGUGCCCAUAACAAACAAAGCAGCAUAUGGCUGCGCGGUGAUUUUAUUGGAACGUGAUUGUCGUGUAAACAGGAUUGAAACUGGAAAACCUUGUCAUUGUCACAACUGAGAAAUAUUGGAGCAGUGAAGAGAAUAAGGGAUAUAAAUGCAAAGCAUCCUGAAUGUUCGCAUUUUAAGUACCUGGUCUGUUAUUACUAAUGUAGGAAAAGCAAAAAUUACAUGUUGAAAAUUGUUUCUAUUCUGACAGGAUUUCUUUUUUCAGCUCUUUUGUGUGUGUCGGAACAGUGGGAGUUCAUAUGGUGAAACUCCGUAGUGUUUAAAGGGAGAUAAAAAGACACUUGCAGAAAAACCUGCAAGAUGGAGGGAUGUGCUGAUUUGACUGAAAGCGACUUAAUUUUCCUCAUGCGGUUCAGAAUCUUCUCCCUCUUAGUCGCCAGCUCCGUCUUUUGUUUUGGAUUUCGCUGGACAAUAAUGCGAUAACACGACUUCUCCCCCGGAACGCAGUCAAUGUUUUCUUCCAGUAGCUUUCCAAUGUUUGGCUUUUUUGCUACGAGAAGAAUGUCCAAAUCUCGACACAAUCUCGCCCGUCGCCAAGGGGACCAAGGCCGUUCCUCAGUUUCCCGUGUAGGUAACGCGGGGAGGAGCGGCAGCGGCGCUGGCCAACGGGAGGAGGCCGCACGGGGAGCGUCACGCUCCGUAUUUAAGCGGGAAGCUCCCGAGGAGGCUGUUUUCUUUAAUGGCCGCCAUCCUGAGGGCUCCUGCUCCGGAUCCCGCUCCGGAUCCCGCUCCGACUCCGCUCCGCGUUUUCCCGCCGCCCCGCGCCCCGUGCGCGCCAUGGCCGCCCUCUGGCGGCUGCUGCUGGAAUCGCGCCCGCCCUCGGCUGAGUACCGCACGCUCCAGUGGUUGCUGGACAACUACGAGACGGCAGAAGGCGUCAGCCUGCCCAGGAGCUCCCUCUACAACCACUACCUGCGGCACUGCCAGGAGCACAAACUGGACCCGGUCAACGCCGCUUCCUUCGGAAAACUCAUCCGUUCCGUGUUCAUGGGGCUGAGGACUCGCCGCCUGGGAACCAGGGGAAACUCCAAGUAUCAUUAUUACGGGAUCCGUCUCAAACCGGAGUCUCCGCUGAACCGCUUGCAGGAGGACACGCAGUACAUGGCCAUGAGGCAGCAGCCCGUCCACCAGAAGCAGAGGUACCGACCAGCGCAGAAGGUGGACGGCAUGGCCGAGAGCGGGUCCAACAGCAACCCGCACCCCACGCCGGAGCAGUCGGUCGCUGCUCAAAGCCAACAUCAUCAGCAGUUCAUAGAUGUCACCCACGUCUUUCCCGAGUUCCCAGCCCCUGAUUUAGGGAAUGUCCUCUUACAAGAGGGGGUCACCAUGAACGACGUGAAAACACUGCAGCUUCUCUACAGGAGACACUGCGAGGUGACUUUGGAUGUUGUCAUGAAUCUUCAGUUCCAUUAUAUUGAGAAACUGUGGCAAUCCUUCUGGAACCCUAAACCAGCAGCUAGCGAUGGCUCGACUGCCCUGCCGUCCAGCGAGGAAGAACACGAAGGCACCCUCCCGAAAGAUAAGCUCAUCACUCUGUGCAAAUACGAACCCAUCCUCAAGUGGAUGAGAAGCUGCGACCACAUCCUGUACCAGGCGCUGGUGGAGAUCCUCAUCCCAGAUGUGCUCAGACCUGUGCCCAGCACACUCACCCAGGCCAUCCGUAAUUUUGCCAAGAGUCUGGAAGGGUGGCUGAUGAACGCCAUGAGUGAAUUCCCUCCCCAGAUUGUCCAGACCAAGGUCGGGGUGGUGAGUGCCUUCGCGCAGACGUUACGGAGAUACACGUCCCUGAACCACCUGGCCCAGGCCGCCCGAGCGGUGCUGCAGAACACGUCCCAGAUCAACCAGAUGCUCAGCGAUCUCAAUCGGGUUGAUUUCGCUAAUGUGCAGGAGCAAGCCUCGUGGGUGUGCCAGUGCGAGGAGGGCAUGGUGCAGAAGCUGGAGCAGGAUUUCAAGCUCACCCUCCAGCAGCAGAGCUCUUUGGACCAGUGGGCCAGUUGGCUGGAUAACGUUGUCACUCAAGUCCUGAAGCAUCACGAGGGCAGUCCCAGCUUCCCCAAGGCAGCCAGACAGUUCCUGCUGAAAUGGUCUUUCUAUAGCUCCAUGGUGAUCCGUGACCUCACCUUGCGCAGCGCCGCCAGCUUCGGUUCCUUCCACCUGAUCCGCCUGCUCUAUGACGAAUACAUGUUUUAUCUGGUAGAGCAUCGUGUCGCCCAGGCAACAGGGGAGACACCCAUUGCUGUCAUGGGAGAGUUUGGUGACCUCACAUCGCUGUCCCCAACAAUGCUGGACAAAGAUGACAUCAGUGACCUGGGCAGCGAGGUGGACACGGACUCCCGGAGCGUGGGGGAGCCGCUGGUGAAACGGGAACGCAGCGACCCCGGCCACUCGCUGCAGGAGAUCUGAACCGAGGACUCGGCUUUUCCUCCGCUGGACGAAGACACCCGGAGCCAGGUUUGACGGUCGCAAACCUGAGCCUCCCCGUAUCUGCGUUACUAGUGCCUCUUAGUUUCUCUUUCUGUUUACUGGUGUUUGAGGAUGGGUGAGCCCGGGCGGGCGGUGGGAUGGGGCUGGUUUUGGCACCUGCAUCCUCCUGCACAGCUGCUGUCUGGACAGCAAAGCUCCGAUGUCUACAACCGAGCGACGGAAGCCUCCACGGACAGCGGCGACGGGAUGAGUGCGGCUGGGACAGGCUGUCCUCUCCAGCCCGAGAACACGGGCAAACAAGGCUUUCUCUUUCGGGGAAGGUGGUUUGUGUUUUCUUACCCACUUCUCAGACUUCACUGUGAUACAAACUUGAACCAAUCAGUGCCCAAGAAGAAGGAAAAAUACCCAACCCUUCUCCUCCAGCCUUUCCAGAUGAGCUGUCCUGGCUCUGACUUUGCCAAAUCAGUCGUGCUGGGGAGCGCGGGGCAGUUCGUCUCAUACCCACCCAGGGAGAGGGCUCUGGGCUGCACGUCCAGCUGGUCCUGCUGGAGCAGAACACGUGUGUGCUCAGGGACCCACACGUGUGUGCUUGGGGACCCACACGUGUGUGCUCGGGGACCCACACGUAUGUGCUUGGGGACCAUAGAAUGUGUAUUCCCACCUGCUCCCACGUCUCCCCAGCUUGGCCUUUCAUCGCUGGUCCACAAGUGCUCCCGGGACACUAUCAGGACAACCCAAGAUACCAAAGGACUCUGAGGAAGUGGCGGCCGGUGGCAAAAGCGUGUUGGUUGCCCCCUGCGCUCUGAUGCCCACGGGCAAGCCCACGAGCAAUCCCCAUCCUCUCCAGGGAACCCAGACAGAGGGAACUGCUCCCGCGUCCUGGGUUUUGUCAAAUUCUCGCUUGAUGUCCGCGGAGCUGCACCCGGAGUGCGGUGGAGGGUGCGCGACCGCAGUGCCUUAGGCUGGGCCGUUGUGCCCGAUUCCCCUGCUCUGAGCGGGCCGGCACAGCUCGGGUUUUGGUAGAACAGGGGUGCUCCCCACGCCGGUGCCGUUUCCUCUCGCUGAGUCGCUUUGCCUCCUGCGGCAUCGCUGCGGCGGUGGCUCCUGAGGGGCUGCGCUGGGGCAGCCGCUGCCCCAGAGGGGUUCGAUUGUCCCUUCCCGUGUCCUGGGGGGUCUGGGCUGAUGUGGACAACAGGGCAGAGCGGGGGGGGGUGGAAUCUGGCAUCGAUCCAAACUGCAAAAACAACACCCCGGGGCAAAUCUUUCUGUGAAUAAAGACCGUGUCAUAAAUAGCUUUUAUUAUUAUUCUUUCUAAUGAUACAGUAUUUGGUGUGAGCUUUUCCAGGGGCCUCGUGUACUUCUGCAUCAGAGUAUAUUCUAUCCAAAUAUAUUAGUUACUCGUUCCAAAUGGUACUAAGGUAGCUGUGACACGUUGAAAAAUCUCGCUAAUAGAAAGAAAAAAGAAAGCGUGUGUAGUGGCACAUCUGUCCCUCUUACUGUCCUGUGCUGUUUGUCAGGGUGAUGUUUGUCUGUAAAUGUAACAAGAGACAAGAGAGAAAGCUGGAUUUAUGUGUAAAUAACACCAAUGGACACUCCCGGGGUCGGAGUCCACACUUCAGGUCCUGCCGAUGAGAUAAAACGGUCUAAUAAAACCCAAAAAACCAACUGACCAACCAAGGUUUAAACUCCCCUGUUCCCAUGGAGUGAUAUUCACCCAGCUGGUGCGUCCUCUUCUUCACGGCCGCGACCGACCCAGCCCAGCACCUUCUGCUUCCCACGGAUGCACGAGCGAGACGCCCUGGAGCUGUGCAGCACUGUGCGAGGAGGACACCCCAUCCAACGCACCCAAUUCCCGGCUAAACCUGAAUAGCAAUAAACAUGUAUCAAAUGCUCAGGCCUGUACAA